GAGUUUUCUGCAAACUCACAUUUUCGAAAAGAGAAUUUUUUCACUUUACAAAAAAUUUAUUAGCAAAACUUUGUCGCUAAGGUUAAGAAUUAUCUGUAAAAUUUAAAAUAAUAAAUGAAUUUAAUGAAUAAAUCCAUUUAAUUGUUUAACAAAUAAAAAGUGCAACUAAUCAAGUGUGUUCUAAAACGAAAAAAAUCAUUGAUUAUUAAAAAAAUCGGCUAGAAAAAGCCAAUGAAAAGAUACAAAAUUUUAUAAGUAUAGCAAAAAUAAUUUUUUUUGACUGAUGUGCUUGUUGUUGUUGGUGUUGGUAUUCAUGUGCUUCCACUGAAAGAGUUUUCAAAGAAAAGUCGACAAAAAAUGAUGAUAAAAAUACGUAAUCAUAAGUUUGAAAUAUAUUAAAAAAGUACGUUUUUUACAUUCUUCGCUCACAAAAUAUGCUGAUUUUGCAGAAAACCAAGAAAUAAGAUUUUCUACAACCAUUCGAUAUACAAGAGCUCCACAUAUUGUCUCCUCCUCAACUAAACGUCGAUAUCAAAAAAGUGCAAGCAGAUUUUUUUUAUAAUUUCUUUUUGAAAAAUAAAUUAUUUCACAAAAUUUAAAUAAAUUCUGGUAUAAUAUGCGUUAAAGAAACUUAUGAAAUAGAGUAAAGUGCUAAAAGUUUCAGCUGGUUAUAGUGAAUGAUUAGGCCAAGACAAAUGAAUAAAUAAAUUGAAAAUUUGUAUGUGUUAAGCAAAAAUAAAAAAGAAAAUUGUGCGAAAUGAAUAUGAAGAUUUUUCAAAGUGUGCAUGGGAAACAAAAAAUUAAAUUAAUUAAUUCUAUAUUAAUGCAUAAUAAUUGUACAACAGCCAAUAUUAUUAGUAAAUGUAACAAGCCCUUAUUAAUUAAUAGUUUAAAUAAAAAUUCAACAAAAAAUUUAUAUUAUAUUCAACAAAUUAUAGAACAAUUAUCUUUAAGUAAUGGUAAAAAUUUAAUAAAAUUUUGUUAAGAACCAAAAAAAAAAAGCAAAAUAUAUAAAAACAAAAGAAAAACUUAAAAAACAAAUACAAGCGAACGGAAAAUAAAACGAAAACUUAAAAACUUAAAAGAAAACAAGUGAAAAUUUCCCUAAAGAAAGAAAAAAAAAAACAUUUUUAAUACAAGAAAACCCUAAAAAGCUUUAAAAACUUUUAAAUUAAAAAAAAAAAAAAAAAACAUAAAUUGUCUUAAAUUAAAAGAGCGCUAAAUAAAACGCCCUUUAAAUAAAAAUUGUCAUCAACGUGUUGCUAAACGUAAUGCAUUCAGUUCAAAGUGUUACUAAACAAUCAAAGCUUAGUAGAAGACAACGAAGACGUCAACGUUAUUGUAAAGCGUACACCACAGCAGCAGCCGCUACAGCAUCAUCUUCAUCAUCAUCAGCAUACGCUUCAAAGCCACACAUUAGUGGUUAUAAAGUUGCAAAAGCCUACCGAUAUACAGUUCCUAUAGUACACGGCAUUGUAGUAUCCAAUCUAUCAUUGGUAUUGCUACAAAAAGAAUAUAUAGAACAAUUCUAUUUUGAAAAACGUAGCGGCGGAGGAGGACCAGAUCCAGAUGCGAAUGCCGAUCUUUAUCGGCAUUUGAAAACUACAAAACAAAUUCACUGCACGGCAAAGACUAUAGCUGAAUAUCAACAUUUACCAUUGCUACGUUUUGGAUGAUUGAUAAAAUCAAGCUUAAUAUGUGUUAAAUGACAGGAAUAUUAUUGCAAAUUAAAUUCUCUGAAAAAAGUCAAUUAUAAUAAAAUUUAUAAAACUUACGCUCAAGGUGGUCUCCCAACAGCGGAGAAGAUAUGGUAUAUUGCUCCUUUAAAACAACAGCAGCAGCCUCAAUUUAAAAGAAGACGUUUAAAAACUCAUACUCGCAAACGUUAAUAUACAUCAUCACCCCCUGCCCCGCCCCCCCCCACAAAAACAACCAACUAACCCUAAGGUGUUGAAAAUCUAUAUGUAAUUGUUACAUUAGAAAACCUGGCUCUAGACGGAAGUAGUUAUAUCAAAUAUCUGCUAAGAUAUAAUCAAAUAUUGUAUUAUUAUUACUAUUGAUGGGGUUUAUAUUUAGUUAGAAAACCAACAUACAUAUAAAACGUUUUGCUUAUUGUUUAGGUUUUUAUUUCAAACGUCGUUGUGAUCUACUUUUUUUUUAUUUGUUUAAUCAAAAUGGAACUCAGUCAACCAAGAAUAUUGUUAAUUUCUAUUAAGCAAAUAGAAUAUGAAAGUAAUAACAGUUGUGAAUACAAUAUGAGCCGAGUUUGCCACAUUGCUCAUGUACGGGAUGUUACAGGAGCUAAGAAACUGCGAAGCUGACAUUAUCUACUACUAUACGAUGAAGAUGAUGCCAUUAUAUAGGAUCAACUAAAUAAAUAAAUUAAAAAAAAAAAAACUAAAUAAAAUAAAACGAAAAAUCAA